AUGGAUGAAUUUAUCCAUAAAGAGCAAAAUAGUUUAUCACUACUAGAAGCAAGAGAAGCAGGUGGUGAUGUGGUUAAUGAAAAGAAAAGAACUCCAAGUGAAACUACGUCAGUUUUAGAACCAAAAAGAGAGCAUAAAGAAACAGAGAAACAAGGGGAGAGUAGAUCAGGAAGCUCUAGCAGUGGUAGUUCCAGUAGCAAUAGCCGAAGCAGCAGCACUAGCAGUUCUGUCUCUAGCCCUUCAUACAGUUCUAGCUCAGGUAGCAGUCGCACUUCUUCCCGGUCUUCUUCUCCUAAAAGAAGAAAGAGACACAGUAGGAGUAGAUCUCCAACAAUUAAAGCUAGGCGUAGUAGGAGUAGAAGUUACUCUCGCAGAAUUAAAAUAGAGAGCAAUAGGGCUAGAGUGAAGAUUAGAGAUGGGAGGAGAUCUAAUAGAAAUAGCAUUGAAAGAGAAAGACGAAGAAAUCGAAGUCCUUCCCGAGAGACACGUAGAAGUAGAAGUCGCUCAAGGGAUAGGCGAACCAAUCGGUCCAGUCGUAGUAGGAGUCGAGAUAGACGUAAAGUUGAUGAUCAACGUGGAAGUCUUGGUGGAGGCAGUCAUAAGCAUAAGGGUGAGGUUAAAGAACAAGAGAGGAGAAAGGAGAGGAGUGGAAGUGUAGACAAAGAUAGGAGAAAGAAAGACAAAGAAAGGGAACGUGAACAGGAUAAAAGAAAAGAGAAACAAAAAAGGGAAGAAAAGGACUUUAAGUUCAGUAGUCAGGACGAUAGGUUAAAAAGGAAACGAGAAAGUGAAAGAACGUUCUCUAGGAGUGGUUCUAUAUCUGUUAAAAUCAUAAGACAUGAUUCUAGGCAGGAUAGUAAGAAAAGCACUACCAAAGAUAGUAAAAAACAUUCAGGCUCUGAUUCUAGUGGAAGGAGCAGUUCUGAAUCUCCAGGAAGUAGCAAAGAAAAGAAGGUUAAGAAGCCUAAACAUAGUCGAUCGCGAUCCAUGGAGAAAUCUCAAAGGUCUGGUAAGAAGGCAAGCCGCAAACACAAGUCUAAGUCCCGAUCAAGAUCAACAACCCCUCCCUGUCGUAAACGCUGA